GAAGUUGUUUAGUCUAUCCUGAACUUUGCUGUGUGUUUGCAAUGGAAUGUUGAUGGAACGUUUUGUUUAGUUUUUUUUUUAUUUAUAGUGAGUUCUAAGUGAAUAAUUGGAAUUUCUUGUCACGUUCCUCCAUAGUGUAAUCGGUAUCGGCAAUUAUUUAUUCGAAAAAGUGUCAAACCAUCUCAGAAUAGCGUGGAUUUAAAAGUUUUACAACAGUUUCUUUCUUUGCAACAAUAUUAGUUUCCGAAAUAGUUCAAAACCAUCUGGCUGUAUAUUGAAUUGUGCUUUAGAUUUUGGUGCUAGUCAUUAUUAAUUUCUUUAUAAAAAGUGUGUAAAUUUGUGACCAAAGGAUAUAGUUUACAGUGUUAUCGACUACAAACAAUGAUCUCAACUUAUUGAUAUACUGCCCACACCACUCAUGAUCUUCAGGUGACCUGUAUCCACCCUCCACCCUUAUCAAUCACCUCCUGGUAUCAUCACCUUAAAAUAUGUUGAUUUUUUACUGAUUCUUUACAACUGUAUAACAAUUGAUUAAUUUCAAAAUGUUGAUCUACUAUUGAUUUCCUAUAACUGUUUAACUGUUUCCAUCACAAUGUUGAUUCUUCACUGAAUCAUUUUACCUUCAUAACUCCUGGUGAUCGUGAUCCUCACAAUGUCCUCGCCGUCCCCGGUCCCCGAGACCUCCAGGGGGGUCUACGGAGCCCCCCCACCACGGCGACCCUACCUCAGGUUCCCCCCACCACCGCCCUACCCUCCCGGUCCCACAGACUAUGCCUAUGCCUACUAUGAGCCGGGCCCUAGUACCUCAAAGCAUACCUUCAUCACACGCUAUGGCACCGAGGAGAACAUCUAUGAGGAGAUAGGGGCCAGUCAGCUGGAGGAGGAAGUCAGAUAUGUGCAUUCUAGGCAUUUGCAGGUCCUAGAUGAGUUGAACCUAACAGUUGAAGCCAUGCUGAUGCCAGAGGCUAACAACUCCCCACCUUCCUCAUCGACACCCUCCCCUCACCUCGACCACCAUCCCCUGGCCAACACAUCAGUUGGGGGAUCAUCAUCAUCAUCCAGGACUGGAGCAUUCUGCACAUCCGGCCCGGGAGGACCAAAUGGUGAUGAUCUGCUGUCUCCCUCUUGCACGGCCACCUGUAGCCUGGACUCUGGCUUCAGUGGCAGCAGUACAGGGACCAACUCGUUGACCAGGAGUAGUCAGCAUUUGGCACGUGGCUCACCAACGCCUAAGGCAAGGUCUGCAUUUUGGAAAAAGUUGCCAGGCCUGGGGUCAUCAAGUACCAAUGUGAAUGUGGCCGGGAGUAAGCAUACAGAUGAACCCCAUUGUACGUCAUGGGAAGAGUGUGCACAUGAACAGACUAUAAACAGAAGUUCAGGAUCUGAUCAAGAACUUUCUUCUGGAGAUGAGAGUCUCAAGAGCGGAGACCGUUACAAACCCCGCUCGGCCCUGUGGCGACGUGCCUCCCCCGACCCCCUGGCACAACCCUCCACCCCCCAACCCCCGGGCCGACUCUCCAGGUGGUUCUCCAUUCGACGGGGUUCCCAGUCGGACGACAGUAAGAGUGGAAGCACCUCCAAGAUGCCUCUACUGCCCGAGGUUGAAGAGGAGACAGGCCUAACCCAUCGUCGGCUAGCUGCCCCCUCCCUUCCCCCAGCACCUCACAACCUGUCCGCCCAGGAGCUGAAGCGACGUCACAUUGUUGCCGCCAUUGUGCAGUCAGAGAACAACUACUUGGCAUCUCUACACCGACUUGUUUAUGACUACAAAAAGGCGCUAGAGGACCACACACCGCAGAUUCUGAGCGCGUCUAAGAUAUCGACGAUUUUCCACCGACUGCCCGAGAUCCUGCAGUGCCACACGCUGUUCCGCAUCGCGCUGGCCGAAGCGGUGGCCAACUGGGAUCGCGACCAUCGCAUCGGUGACGUGUUUGUGGCGUCGUUCAGCAAGGCAAUUGUGCUCGACAUCUACAGAGUUCCUGCCCCACAAUCCAAGCGUGGUAAAUUGUUACAGCUCCAACUAUCCGAGCUCUCAUUGCUCGAUUGUUUUCAGCAACGACAGAACAACUCACCAGACCGGCUAUCUCUGUUUGCUCUGAUGGUGAAAGCUGUGCAAAGGUUUCCUCAGUUCAUCCUACUGUUACAGGACCUUCUGCACCACACAGGCCAUGGCCACCCCGACCGGAUGUCUCUGCAGCUGGCGCUGACCCAACUGGAGUCGCUGGCCGAACUGCUCAAUGAGCGGAAGCGCGAGGCCGAACAGAGUCAAGCCUUCAAGGAGAUGUUGCGUGCUAUCUCGGGCAAACUGGCAGCCAGGCCUAUUGCCGACAACAAUCGCUAUCUGUUGCGGCAGGAUGACGUUGUUCAGAUGGAAGUGAACCAAUGCGGCCUAAUCAGCAAAUGCAAGAACCGUCGGCUGCUUCUGCUGAACGACCUGCUAGUGUGUGUGACGGUGAACCACAAAGAUGGCGGCGGUGGCUCGUCGGAGCACAAUAACCCCAGCCGUCUGCAGCUGAAGUGGAGUUGUCCCAUAGCUGAGGUGCACGUCAUUGACUUGUCGAAUGCGUCGCCCACUCUCAGUCGACUGCUGGCUGCGCCCCACACGACCGGCAGUCUCAACUCCAACUUCAUCAACUUCCUCGGGAAGAAAUAUUAUCAAACUCAACGCAAGGGACUCCCCACCAACAAAAGCCAUGCGAAUUUAUUUUUACCUGCGUUUACUUGCCAGGUGCUGAGCAGAAUCGCAGACCUUGCGUCGACGCUGAAGGGCUGCUACGAGGAUGUGAGUGUGGAACGCACAAGGGCCGUGCUGAACUGGAUCCAGGGUGAGAUCCAGCAGAAGGACGAGCAGAUGGCCUGGGUCGACUCGUGUUGUCUGCAGAUCACAAUCAAGGGCAAAGAUGAUAUUCUCACUUUCCAGAUGGAGUCGCCCGAAGUCAGGAAGGAGUGGGUCACUGAACUGCGCCUAGCCCGGUUGGCAUUGGACCCGACCAACUCGCCCGCCUGGGAAGUGCCCGAACAGGAGCGCCACCCCUCCACCAAGAUGCCCCUCUAUGUGGGCGCACACCCCCUCUACACGCUGCCACCCCAGGCCACCGACGACAUCACAGCAGGCUGCUACUACACCGCCUCCUGUGGACAGGCCUCUUUCCUCUGGGUCUGCACCAGCAACGGCCACACUAGUCAUAUCAGCAUUGCUCAGGUGAAUAGCACAGUGUUGAAACCCCUUACCCAGCUGCCUCCCCUGGAUGCCAAGGUCACCUGUAUGGAGUAUGUGAGGAGUACUGACACCGUUUGGCUGGGGACUGAUAAUCAGAGAAUCCUGGUCUACUGCGUGUCAGAUGGGGACCAUUCAGACGCCGACAACACGGUACCGGUUGAGGGUGGAGUUGUCGCCAUUCGCCAACACUGUGACACAGUCUUCGUUGCCAUGACAACCGGACGCCUGCUGCUCUACAGACGGGGCAACGUGCAUCAGGAGCCCGAGCAGAUUGUGUUGAGUGAUGCCGGUGAGCCGGUCGCCUGUCUGCUACCCAUCAAUCUGUGCAUGUAUGUGGCCUGUGGCAAAACGGUCACUGUGUUGAGUGCUAUCACGGGCGAGAAACAGAAAAACUUCACCAUUCAACAUGAACAUGUUGGAGGCAACAUAAGUCUCAUGGCACAUUCUGGUGUCGGACUAUGGCUGUCAUUGAGUCAAUCAAGCACUAUUUGCCUGUACCAUACUGAGACCUUCAAACACUUACAGGAUAUCAAUGUAGCCUCCAAUGUCAUCCGCCUAACAGGUGCCCCCACUCCUAUCUGUGUGACCGCUCUCAUGGCCUGCAAAGGCCUGCUUUGGGUGGGUACAGAUGUGGGUGUCAGCCUCACUGUACCCCUGCCCCGUUUGGAAGGGGUACCCAUAAUCAGUGGGCGUGUGAAUGUGUCCUACCAUGGGCACACAGGGCCUGUCAAGUUGAUGUUGGCUCUCCAAGACCCACCAACAGUCCACAAACGGCCGCCAUCAAAGGCAUUGGCAUGUGAUGUCUAUGGACUCUAUGGUCAACUGAUGUAUGUCAAGGACUAUGAGGAUGCAGAUCAGAGAUCAGAGGUAUCGUCAAGAUGGUCGCUGUCGGCUGCUUCUGAUGAGGGAUCACUGACCUCUAAAGUGAACCAAAAUGGCGCUGAUUUGGGAGGACCUGCCAGUGGUGGUGCAAAUCCGGCCCGGAAGGACCAAACGCUUGUCACCAUAACUGGCGGUAAAGGUUAUGUAAACUUGCAGCAGCCUUGUUGUACAACUAUUACAAAUAAUGCGCAUAUCAUUUUGUGGGAAAUGAAGUUGUGAUAGGAUUCAUUUAUAUCAGCAUUUGGUAGUCAAUAUCAGCUAAUUCAUUGAUAACAACAAUGCUGACAGUUUGAAGUGAACCUCAUCAUAGAUAAAUCAAAGUUUCCUAGAUUUGUUCUACAAUGUGCACUUGUGAAUGAGUCACUUUUAUUAGCUUUAGGAGAGACAGUUUUUCUAGUUUUGAUACAACUUUUGAAUCAACAUCCAUUGCUUGAAACACUUGUAGCUGGGUUUUCACCAAAGUUAGUAACAGAAUGUUAAUAACUUAAUCCUUAUAGAUUCUAUAAGAUUGAAAGGAACUUGACAAACACUUAUGUUCAUCAUGUGUAAGAUUAGAUAUGUUUAAUCAAAUAGAAUCUAUAAGGAUUAAGUUAUUAACAUUUUGUUACUAAUUUUGGUGUAAACCCAGCUUGAAAGUUCUAGCUUUAAUUGGUUUAUAUGCAGCUAAUGUUAUCCCAAAAAGUUUUUUUACAUAGUUCUAAGUUCUUGAUGUUUUCCAGAAAAUGGAACAUUUGAGUUCAUGACAGUUUCUAAUAAUUGUGACAUCCAUCAUCUUUUAGUACAUGACAUUUAUUUGUAAAAUUGUGAGGUUUUCUCAUGUGUUUGAAAUCUCCAUAAUUUGUUUUAUUAUUAUGAUAUGAGUUAGUGAAUUAUAUUUUACUACUAAGGUGUAGAAUAUUAUGUUAUGCUUUGAAAGUAGGUCUAUAUUGAAUGAAAUUGCUUGAAAUGUCAAUCUUGUUCUAAACAUUUGAAAAAUUGUCAUUAAUUGAAAAUAUAUGAUAGAUUUAUUACUGUACCUCAGUAGAAUUCUACAUUAUUUUCUAUCCAAGGAAGAUACCGCAAAAUUAUAUUAGUACCUAUGAUGUAACAAGUGACUUAUCAAGUUCAAGAUAUUUUAUUGUAUCUUCAUGAUUUUUUUAUUAAUUUGAUAAGAAAUCAUGGAUUUUUUCUACUGACAUAUUGUAUCUUGAUAUUAUGUACAAUAUAAAUCUCAAAUUGUAACAUAAUCUACUUUAGAUUUGUUUGAUAAAAAAUUCUACUUUUGGACAUAAUGUACAUAAUAUAUUAAUUAUUUAUGUUUAGGUAAUAUUUUGUUUGAAUUAAUCCUGAACGCAACUAAAAAAACACCAACAAUGCCUCUAAAAUUAUAAUGCACAACUAAUAGUUUUAUAUGAAUUUGUAUAAAAAAUAUAAAUAGAAUAGGCUUGUAUUUCCAAUGAAGAUACUAUAUAGCCAUAUUAAAGGUUACCCACAUAAUAUUACUAUAUAUUUGAACAUUUUUAAAGGAUAUUUCUAUUAAAUUUAGAUCUAGUUCAAUGUUAUAUUUUACAUUUAUUUAUUUUAGACUUUGACAACUAUGGCUUCAUGUUUAUCUCUAUGUUAACAUUACAUAAUUAUUUAAUUCACAGCAUUGUUUAAUGUUUUCAAAACAUAACUUGAUUGUGAAUUGAAAAAAUGGAACAUUUAUUGUAAAUUUUAGGCAAUUCUAAUUUUAUUGAUAAAUUUAUGUGGUAUAUAAUAGUGUCAUUGCCAUUUUUGUUUAGUUUAGUAAUUUUUGUAAAUUAUUACUGUAUAUGUUGAGAUUUAUGAUAUUAAAUAAUUAUGUUUUAUUG